AAAUCCAGCAACUGCAUGUGUCUGAAAUACAGCAGAAUCUCGCCCCAAGAUUCACUUCGCUGGACCUUUGUUUUUGCCCUCAGUAAAUCUAUCCUAUUGUCUAGGGAUAAUUUUGUGGCUGACCGUUUUAGAAUCAUGAAGAAUCUCUUCUUUGCUUUAUUUCCGGUGGUUUACCUGACCUCUGUACAAUCGCAGAUCAACCCCUUAUCUCUUGAGGAGCUGGGUUCAGACAUUGGAAUCCAGGUGUUUAACCAAGUAGUAAAGAGCAAACCUCAUGACAAUGUGGUCAUUUCCCCCCAUGGAGUGGCAUCAGUACUUGGCAUGCUUCAACUGGGUGCAGAUGGCAAGACGAAAAAACAGCUGACAACAGUAAUGCGUUAUAAAGUGAACGUUGUUGGGAAAAUACUGAAAAGAAUCAACAAGGCAAUAGUGGCGAAGAAGAAUAAAGAUAUUGUGAGCACAGCCAAUGCAGUGUUUGCCAACGGCGGAUUCAAGAUGGAGGAACCCUUUGUCAGCAAAAAUAAAGAGGUCUUUCACAGCCAAGUGAGAAGUGUUGACUUCCAGGACAGGAACACAGCUUCCUCUAUGAUCAACCAGUGGGUAAAGAACGAGACAAAGGGUAUGAUCGACAACCUAAUAUCUCCAGAGUUGUUAGAUAGCUCGAUGACCAGAUUGGUUGUAGUUAAUGCCCUGUACUUCAAGGGUCUGUGGAAAUCUCGAUUCCAACCAGAAAAUACUAAAAAGCGGACCUUCCAUGGUCCUGAUGGAAAGGCUUAUCAAGUUCCAAUGCUGGCCCAACUUUCUUUGUUCCGUAGUGGAUCGGCGAGUACCCCCAGUGGCCUAUGGUACAAUGUAAUAGAGCUGCCUUACCAUGGAGGGAGUGUGAGCAUGUUAGUAGCACUUCCAACAGAUGAAAGCACACCAUUGUCCGCGAUCAUGCCUCACAUCAGUACAAAAACCCUGCAAAGCUGGAUGACUAUGACUCCUAAGAGAGUACAACUGAUUUUGCCUAAAUUCACUGUGGAGGCUGAUGCUGAUCUUAAGGAACCUCUUAGAAACCUUGGUAUCACUGAUAUGUUCGACUCCCAUAAGGCUAAUUUCACAAAGAUUACUAGGUCAGAGCAAAUGCAUGUUUCCCAUAUGCUACAGAAAGCUAAAAUAGAAGUGAAAGAGGAUGGUACCAAGGCCUCAGCAGCCACAGCUGCAAUUUUAAUAGCAAGAUCCUCUCCUCCCUGGUUUAUAGUGGACAGACCAUUCAUGUUUUUAAUUAGACAUAACCCAACAGGUGCGGUUCUCUUCACAGGACAAAUAAACAAACCUUGAGUUACCAGCAACUUGUCAUGAAAUCUGAACCCAGUGUUGUUUUGUACAUUACUCUAGUUUUAUUUUGUGACUGAUCACUUUACAUGGGAAAGUUUCACUGUGCUUUUAACGUUAUUUUUAUUGAUCUUUGUAUUUUUGAUACAGUAACUCUUAAUGCUGAUGUGUCUUUUUUUUUUUUUUUUUUUAACUACUGAAUUUUGUUUUCUUCCGAUCUUUUAGAAUGUUUUGGUAUCUUAGAGACCAGUUGCGUUUGUGAAACGUCCACUGGUGUCUCUUAUUUUACGGUACAGUGUUUGUGACUGGGGAGCUGUUUGCUACAGCCUCCUUCAGCCUUCAUUGGCGGUAUUUUGGCACACGUUCUACAUAUGAAGACUUUUUUUGUUUGUUUGUUUUAAUUGGCAGUUCUAUGUAUUUUGUGAAAACUGGAGAGUAGACUUAAUAUUUUUUUUUAUACAGAUUUCCUGUAACAGAUGAUGCAUGUGUUCUUUUAAAUAAAACACUCCAGACUGCGUCUCUUGUUUGAGAUGCUUUGAAAGUA